UUUUCCUGCGACACUCGUUUUCACUCCACCACAGAGUGAGAAAGUGGGGCAGAGUCAGAGUGGCGAGGUUUGGGAGUUUUUUGGCAAUGCAGCACACUCAGAAACUCUGACUCCAAUCACCCGACAUGCUGCAGCUGCGACUCUGCUGUUUCCUGUCACUGUCCUGCUCCUUUAUCUUCUUCACUUCUCUUCUGCCAGCUGAUGGACAGACAGGAGGAGGAGGAGGAGCAAGAGGAGGAGGAGGAGGAGUAGAGACGAUCCAGGUGAUGUUCACGCCGACCAUCUGCAAGGUGCGCUGCAGCCAGGACCGAUGUAUCAACUACUGUGAGAGAGGCAACGUGACGACGGUGUACAGCAGCGGCGAAGGAGGAGGAAGAAGAGAUGGCUCCCAUGGUCCGGGCUUCAGAGUCUUCCUCUGCCCUCUGCUCUGCAAGAAUGGGGGAGUCUGUCUGCAGAAGGAUCGCUGCCUCUGCCCACCAAGCUUCACCGGAAAGUUCUGCCAGAUCCCCGUCACCCCCACAGAUUCCCCUGCAGCCUCGGCCUCCUCCACCAAUGAGAUCGUCAAGCCCGUUCUCUCUGCUAUGGCAGCCAAUGGGGAGGUGACCCACUCUGAGUUUGUCCUGCCACUGGAACGCGACCCAGAAAGGGCUGGAGCCCCCAGUGGGCCCAUGGUGAAAGUCAGAGUUCAGCAUCCUCCUGAGGCCAGCGUGAAGGUCCACCAGGUGAAGAUGUCUGGACUCCCCCCCACACUGCGGACACUCUCUUCCUCCUCCUCCUCCUCCUCCUCAGGAUCGGCGGGUGCUCCGGCUCCUGCUGCUAGUGGAGUACAGGCCCAGACGGUGAGGGGGGACGGCAUCUACAACCAGCAGUCUGGCUUUAAGUACUGCUUCAGAGAGGUUAAAGAUGGACAGUGCAGCUCUCCUCUUCCUGGCCUUCGGAGCAGGGAAAUGUGCUGCAAAGGGAUCGGAAAGGCCUGGGGCAUCAGCGACUGUGUCCUCUGUCCUGAUAACACAGGUCAGAGCGAUGCCAGCUGUCCGGUUGGGUUUGAGCGAACCAAUGGAACGCAGUGUGUUGAUGUGAAUGAGUGCCUGCAGCCGGGGCUGUGUGAGAACGGGAUCUGUGUGAACACCAGGGGGAGCUAUAGCUGUGUGUGCAGGCUGGGGUUCAUACUCGACGCCUCACAUGGAAUCUGCAUCUCCCAGAGCGUGAUAUCUGAGGAGAAGGGUCAGUGUUACCGGAUCCUGGGUUCAGGUCUGGGUCCAUCCUCCUGCUCCCUGCCUAUCCUCAGGAGCAUCACUAAGCAGAUCUGCUGCUGCAGCCGAGUCGGCAAAGCCUGGGGACCCAACUGCCAGAGGUGUCCUUACUUUGGUUCAGUGGCCUUUAAGGAGAUCUGCCCAGCUGGUCCCGGUUUCCAAUACUCACCUUCAACCCUCAAGUUCAACCAGAUAGCCAAUGAGCAGCUGGGGAGCCAAGGAGCUGUGCUGGUAAACCGCAGCAACGUGGACAACCAGGAUCCAGAUUUUGGGUCCAGGUCUCAGCUGAAACCCUCUUCCUCUGGUGGAGCGAGUACGUCCAAUGCUGUAGCAGCUGGAACCAGACCCAGUCUACCCCAACCUCAGCUCCGCCCAGGCACAGGCUUUCCCGCCUCCUCAUCCUCGUCCUCCUCCUCCUCGUCAUCCAGGCCUGUGCAGCCUGGUAGUGCUGGCACUACGGCCACCCAGGGCAGAACCCGGGCUCCGCAGAGCCGACCUGAUUCAACACAACUGAGACCUCAGCUUCCAUCCAGCGGGAGUCAAGCAGGUGAUCAUUUCUCUUUGUUGUACCGUGUGGAUGAGCCGGCAUCCAGGGGGGACUCCCUCCCUGCUCCGGCCCAGCCACACAGCACUGAGCGUGGGUCGAGACCCGGCGGAGAGCUCCCUCCUGUGGAGACCAGACCGGCUGUGAGCCCGACACCCCAACCCACCAGAGUUCAGACAGUACGAGGUGUGUGUGAGAGCAGACCAGGUGUGUGUGGCCGUGGCCGCUGUGUGGAUCAGCCAGGUGGGAAACACAGCUGUGUGUGCGAUCAGGGGUUCCAGCUCAGCUCUCAGCGCACACACUGCCAAGAUGUGAACGAGUGUCUGCAGUCUCCAGCUGUGUGUUCCGUGGGAGAGUGUGUGAACAGCGUCGGAAGCUACCGAUGUGCGUGUCCACCUGGAUACAGAAGCAGCAACCAGCAGACCAGUUGCCAAGACAUCGAUGAGUGCCGGCAGAAUCCCUGCACCAACGGUCGCUGUGACAACACGGCGGGCAGCUACAGGUGUGUCUGUCGCCUUGGUUACAGGCUCCUCGGCAACACUUGCACAGAUGUGGACGAGUGUGCCGACCUUCUGCAGUGUCCGGGUCAGGAGUGUGUCAACACUCAGGGCUCGUACCGCUGCGUGUCCUGCCUGCCAGGAUAUGGACUGCUCAAUGGUGUCUGCACAGACAUCGAUGAGUGUCGUCAGGCUCCCUGCUCCAACGGGCGCUGUGAAAACACACCUGGAAGUUACCGCUGUGUGUGUCACCAUGGUUACAAGCUCCAGAAUAACACCUGCACAGAUGUCGAUGAGUGUGCAGAGCCAUCUCAGUGUCCUGGGCAGAUGUGUGUGAACUCUGUGGGGUCAUACAGAUGUGUGUCCUGUAGACCAGGAUUCAGGCUGACCAACAGACAGUGUACAGAUAUAAAUGAGUGUGAGAACAGUGACUCCUGUCCCGGUCAGCGGUGCAUGAACACUGAAGGCUCCUACAGAUGUGUGGACUGUCGGCAGGGAUACCACAGCGUGGAUGGAGUGUGUAAAGACAUAGACGAGUGUGCGAGCAGCAGGGCGUGUGAGGCAGAGCGGGUUUGUGUGAACACUGUCGGCUCAUUCAGGUGCGACUGUCUGCCCGGGUAUCAAACCUCCGGAUUGGGGAGGCAGUGCAGAGACAUUAACGAGUGUUUGGAGGGAGAUUUCUGUUUCUCCAGAGGAGAGUGUGUGAACACGCCUGGAUCCUACAUGUGUGUGUGCUCUCAGGGAUUCACACUGAGUGAGAACCGGACGGCCUGUCUCGAUGUGGACGAGUGUGUGAAGGUGGGUGUGUGUUCGGAUGGUCGCUGUGUGAACACUGAAGGCUCGUUCCAGUGCGAGUGUCAAAUCGGCUUCACCACCAACCCCGAGGGGACUGCUUGCCUUGAUGUUGAUGAAUGCGUCUUGUCUGGUGGUUCUAUUUGCGGGUCACAGCGGUGUGAGAAUACGAUUGGUUCCUACAGCUGCCUCACUAAUUGUGAGCCAGGCUACCAGGUGAACCACGCUGGCAUCUGUGAAGAUGUUAAUGAAUGUGCCGACGUGACCGUGUGUGGAGCUAACGCCUACUGUCAGAACCUGUUAGGAACUUACCGCUGCGUUUGUGACAAGGGCUUCACCUCCAACGCAGAUGGAAAGACCUGUGUGGAUGUGGAUGAGUGUGUGUCUCUGCCAGGUGUGUGUGGCACAGCACGAUGUGAGAACGUGGAGGGGUCCUUCAUGUGUGAAUGUGACCAGGCAGGACAAAGUUACGACAAGGCAACCAGACAGUGUCUCAGCUUGGGAGCUCGAGCAGAAGCAAUCCCCAAUCGCCAAACCUCCUCCUCCUCCUCCUCCUCCUCCUUCCACGCCAGUGUGGUGGAGCUGUCUCCGAUGUUGCCGCCACUCCCUGAGGCUCGUCCUGGCGAGCUGAGGGAGUGUUAUUACAACCUGGCUGAGCAGGGGACUUGCAUCCUGCUGGCCACCAACACCACCCAGCAGGAGUGCUGCUGCACAUUGGGGGAAGGCUGGGGGCUGGGCUGCCAGUACCACACCUGCCCCUCUGCAGACACAACCGAGUUUCUGACUCUGUGUCCCAGUGGGAGUGGAUAUGUUACUGAAGGACCAGGAGCCUUCAGCUACAGAGAUGUGGAUGAGUGUAAGCGUUUCCAUCCGGAGGUGUGUAAGAACGGCGUGUGUGUCAACAACAUCCCAGGAUACAGCUGCUACUGCUCCAGUGGAUACGUUUACAACAGCACGCUGCUGGAGUGUGUUGAUCAUGACGAGUGUGAGGAGGAGAGCUGUGUGGGAGGAAUUUGUGUGAACACAGUUGGUUCUUAUUACUGCAGCUGUCAGUCUCCUCUGGUCCUCGAUGACACCCAAAGAAACUGUGUCAACUCCUCUGACCUCAACGAGGAUGAAAACCUGUCUGUGUGCUGGCAGCACGUAACGGCAGACCUAAUGUGUCAAAGCGCUCUGCGGGGAGCUCAGGUCACCUUCACGGACUGCUGCUGUCUGUAUGGGCAGGGUUGGGGGAUGAGCUGCGCCCUCUGUCCCGCCACUGACGCAGAUGCGUAUGCCAGGAUGUGCAGUUCAGUCCCUCCACCACGUCUUUUCCCAGAGAGAUAUCCGGACUCAGAAACAGGACGAGGAGGGAGCGCUUCUCCAAACCUACCCCCUUACGGACUGGAUUACUUCCCUGUGAUUCCCGGCAGAGACUAUGAUCCUCCUGACUAUGGUGAUUACUCUCCAGCAGAGGGCAGCAGAACAGGCUCCAGAGGGAGGCCGCCCACUUCCUUCAACCUGCCGGAUGAAACCUAUCGCAGGCCUGAGUACAGCACUGGUUUCUACUCUGAAGGAGACUACGGGCCUCCUGACAGCUCCCAGCCCAGGCCUCCAUCCUUCCGCAUCCCUCCAGACCCUCGAGCUGAGAUUGGGUUUGGGGUCCAGCCUCCUCCACAGUCCCAGCCUGAUGGUCCUCCUCUCAGCCUGGCCCCACUGCCUGGAGGUCGCUACGAGGAUUCAGAGGAUUCAGAGGAGGACAGGACGUGGAGGUCAGGGCCGCCUUUCCCUCCCUUCACUGACAGGAGCAGAGGAGGAGGAGGAGGAGGAGGAGUGCCAAGGAGGCUGUAUGAGAGGCGUUACGAGUCAUAUGCCAGCCUGAGCACAGCUGAGGACUGUGGGAUCCUGCAUGGCUGUGAGAACGGCAGGUGCAUUCGUGUUUCUGAGGGUUACACCUGUGAUUGUUACCAAGGAUACGAGCUGGAUAUGACCUCCAUGACCUGCAUAGAUGUAAACGAGUGUGAGGACAGUCUCAGCCUUGAGUUCCCGUGUGUGAACGCUCGCUGUGUGAACACUGACGGCUCGUACCGCUGCGUCUGCAGGAGAGGAUACGUCAUGUCUCGCAGACCGAACCACUGCGUGGCUGCUUAGAUCAGCCUGAACUGGACUGGGAUCCAGUAGACCAGUACACAGACUGGACUUCACAGUGGCCGACUGCCUCAGGCUUUAUUAUUGGACCAGAUUAGACAAACUAGACUGCACCAGGCAAAAAUAUACUGGACUUAGAGACUCUAGAUUGCACUAAACUGGGCAAGGCUAGACUGGGUAGCCUGUACAACACAGGGCGACUUCUGAUUAAAGAGCAACAACGCCCUGUUUUUGCCUGGACACACACCCUUCCCUAAUUCAUCUACUAUCCAGACUCAAAUACACCCUCCAUUUGUUCACCCCACCUGUGUUGCCAGUUGGAUUACCCUAGUUUUUCUUUAACUGGGCAGGUAGGAAUUAGGCAAGUGGUUUUAUAGCUUGGGCUGCAUUUUGUACCAAUAGUUUGGUUGUAUUUAAAAGGUGUGUAUAAGAAACAGCCGUAAGUUAAUUAGUUUGUCAAUUAGCUGCCAGUGCGGCUGCUGUAAAAGUGUCCGAAUGCUUCAGACUGUGUCUAAUUCAAAGUCAGAAUUUGGUCAAAUGUGAACACACACGUACAAUAAACAUAUCUUUACAUUUGGAUAACAAACAUCCAUCACAAAUGAACGCUACACACCCCUGUACAAAUUACUGAAAGACAGUAAAGUCAGGAUUAUACUGUACCUGCAGGCGCCGUGGAUGAGUAUUCUUAUUAUACUGUAAUAUUUACUAAUCCAUUUGAAGGACACAUGUAUUUAAUUCCCUUGUGUGGUGUCUAGUGGACAGGACAUGGAAAAUGUAACGCCAGCACAGCGCAGUGGAAGCUGCCAAAUAUCCAGUGAUACACAGCAAGCGUCACCUGCUAAUAGCAAAUACUAUGUGCAUAAUUUUAUAAAGCAUAAAAACAUAAAGGCUUAAAAUGUUUCCAGGGUUAGAAACUCUGUUUUAGGGAACAAAAAGUUUGGCUUAUUGUCACAUGACCUAAAAGGGACCCGUUUUUAUUAUUGUUCUCACGUUCAUCUCCAUUUUUAUACCUUAACUCCGUUACAGUGGCUUUGUAUGACACACACUUAAACCUUUUUUGUUGUUGAUUCUCUGAUCAAAACGAGCUAUUUUAGCUCCCGUCUCUAAAAACCCACUUUCUUCUGAUUGGCCAGCUUCCAGAAGCCUGUUGGGGGGGAUUCUGAGAUAUACUGCCUUUAUUCUGUUAGCACUAAAUGAAAAAGAGUGUUGGAGCGUUUGGCUCACAGAUUUACUUCAGCAUUUUAAACUUAAAAUCGUUACUUGUAACAGAAAAUAAGAAAAUCAGAACUGGUCACCUUUAAUAAUAAUAAAUUAUUAUUUAGAGCAGGUUAGCGCUACACAGGGACCCAAGCUGCACCCAAAGCUCAUGAAUAGUCAUCGGUCACUUUAUUAGCUACACCUUGCUAGUAACAGGUUGGACCUUCGUUUUUCUUUCAGACCUGCUUUAAUUCUUCAUGGCACAGAUUUCAACAAGGUGCUGGAAAUGUUCCUCAGAGAUUGUGGUUCAUGUUCAUGUGACAGCAUCACUGUUGCUACAGAUUUGUGCUCUACUGGACUGAGAUCUGGUGACUGUGGGGACCUUUUGAGUACAGUGAACUCACUGUCAUGUUCUAGAAACCAAUUUAAGAUAAUCUGAGUUUGUGACAUGGUGCAUUAUGACUGUGGUCAUAAAGGGGUGGACAUGAUCAGUAGUGAUACUCAGGUAGGCUGUGGCAUUUAAAUCAUGCUCAGCUGGUACUAAGGGGUCUGGAAUGUACCAUGUAAAUCUGUCCCACACCAUCAAACCAGCAGCCUGAACUGCUGAUUCAAGGCAGGAAGGAUCCAUGCUUUCAUGCACAUCAAGUGCUGACCCUACCAUCUCAAUGUUGCAGCAGAAAUCCAGACUCAGUGGAUCAGGCAACAUUUCUCUAAUCUUCAGAUUUCCAGUUUUGGUGAACCUGUGUGCCUCAGUUUCCUGUUCUUAGCUGACAGGAGUGGCACCUGGUGUGAUAUUCUGCUGCUGUAGCCCAUCUGUUUCAAGGUUUGAUGUGUUCUGCAUUCAGAGAUGCUCCUCCGCAUAUUUUGGUUGCAACAUGUAGUUAUUUGAGUCACUCUUUCCUUCCUAUCAGCUUGAAGCUGUCUGACCAUUCUCCUCUGACUUCAGCAAAGCAUUUUCUCCCAGAGAACCGCUACUCAUUGGAUAUUUUCUCUUUUUCAGACCAUUCUCUGUUAAC